UCCAAGCGCAAAAUCGACCCACUUGGUCCAAGAUCAUUACCAUUAAGAUCUAUGUGGUGUUCUCUUCAACGCAGCACCAAAUUUGUGUUCACCUUCCGGCCCAAUGUUAUCAUUAAGAAUCUCCCCUUCUGGACCAAGAUCGUUGUGGCAGGAGAUCCAAUAGAAUUUAAUUUUGUGUUUUCAGAAAGAAUAACAUCCCAUAGUGAUAUUAUUUUUUCUGUUCCAACGUCCAUAAUAUUCACCGAAGUCAAAGUGUAUCAUACUAGUGUAAACAAAAAUGUUGAUUUUCAUGUUACACCUAACCUUGUAC